CGCCGACUUCCUGUUCCAAAUCGCCCUCGUUCUUUUCUUCUCUCUAAUAAUUCUUGUCCUUCCCUUUCUGGCUUUCUCCCUCUCUUUCUCUUGGUUACAAAAAUCAAAAGAUAUAAAAAGCGAGGAGGAGAUACUGCUCGUUUAUUCUUUGAUUCGAUCGAACCCUUUGAUUACGAAACCUCCCAAUUUCCAGUUCUCCCACCUUGUUGAAGUUCUUUAGGUUUUGGCAAAUCGAAUUGCUAUGGAGAACAAUUACAGCGGCAGCAACACCGCCAAUUCGAAGUCGGGUUCGGAAGCAGAACCCAAGCCUAACGAUCCCGCCGUUAGGGAACAAGAAAACCAUCUUCCUAAAGACCCUAUUAUCCCAGCUCCGGUGACUAAUGGAGAAGCGGCGACCGCAGCAGCAGCGGUGGAAGAAGGUGGAGAGGAAAGCGACGUCGUCGACCUCGAGGAGGAGGACGACGAGGUAGAAGAAGUAGAAGAGGAAGAAGACCGACAGCAGGAGGCGGCUCCUGCUCGCCAGUCUGCCGCAAGGACUCCUUUCACUAAUCUUAGUCAGGAAGAUGCUGACCUCGCUCUCGCUCGUACCCUCCAAGAACAGGAAAGAGCAUACAUGAUGCUAAGUCGUGCAUCGAUGAGCCUAGAUGGAGAGACUGAAUGGGUAGGAGGUGGAAGCUAUUUGGGAGAAGAUGAAGACGAUGAAGAUUUUGAUGACCCUGAUGAUGUCAGUGAUGGAGAUGAGUACAAUGAGCAUGAGUAUGGUGAAAGUGGAGAGUUGGGUGAGGAUGAUGUCGAUGCUUUUGACGUCCAUGCUCGUGCUGAAGUUGUUGAUGAUGAUGGUCCCAACCUUGAAGAAAUUGACCCUUCUGCAUAUUCGAGUGAUGAGGCUUAUGCUAGAGCGUUACAGGACAACGAAGAAAGAGAGAUGGCUGCAAGACUGUUUGCCCUUGCUGGGAUAAAUGAUAGGGCAGUUGAAUAUGUUGAACAGCAUGGUGCCCAUUCUCAGGAUACAUGGGAGGAAGUCGACCCAGAUGAACUUUCUUAUGAGGAGCUGCUUGCUCUGGGAGAAGUAGUUGGAACUGAAAGCAGAGGGCUGUCAGCCGAUACCAUUGCCGACCUCCCCAGCGUGAACUACAAGUCCGGAAGCAACGAGAGUGGAACUAGCGAUUCGUGUGUGAUAUGUCGGUUGGAUUAUGAGGAUGAAGAGACCGUGACGGUACUCUCCUGCAAACAUUCGUACCACGCAGAGUGCAUCAACAAUUGGUUGCAAAUAAACAAGGUAUGUCCUGUUUGCAGUACAGAGGUUUUGACGGUGGCCGGAGGAAGCCAGUCGUCCUAGCUUUUGUGAUAGGUAAUGUCUGGAGGGACAGCUCCGUUGAGGGGGCAGGGUAGCGGAAGCCUAGGAUGUUUGAAUACUGUAUUUCAUUGUAUAUGUAAUUGUAGGGUAUGAUUGUGGGACAUACACAAUCACACAUAUCAAACGUUAGUAUUCUAUAAUGCAUCAAAUUCGAUAGUACAUGUAUAAUAUUAUACAUGCAUUCUCAAUAAUACAUCUAUUUAACAAUGACAACUUCCAAACGACCCCUAAGUUUCCGCAUGAGACUAUUUCUCCGACCUGGUGUUUCAAAAGGAGGAAAAGAGAUCACUUCUGGUUCUGGGAAUUUGUCGGUGGUUUCGUCGUUUUCUCUUUCUCGUAAUUUCUGAAGCGGGGAAGUAACGUCUCUGUUCGGCUUUUCUUUUCUUUUCCUCAACCAGGCACCAAGCCACCAACACAUGUUUGUUCACCCUUAUCGUUUCACAAGUUACUUGACGUGAGAUUAUUCUCUCGAACGCCGAUGCUUAAGGGUUGGUUUUAAAUCAUUCGGCUGGUGGAUGGUUUUGUUUGACCCAGCACGGACACUCUUUCUGGCUAGAGGGGUCCAGUUUGCUCAAAUGGAUGAUCCUGCAGUGGUGGAAAUGCUUGUGUUUAGGGAAGCUAUUAUUUGGUGUAUGGAACAAGAUUUGUCGGAGGUCCGAUUUGAGGGCGAUGCGAAGGUGAUAAUUGACAAAAUUAAUCAGGUCGACACAAGAGAUAGCCGGUUGGGUGCUGUUCUGGAAGAGAUUGUUCAUUAUUUUCGUGCUCAGCCUGGCUUUAGUGUGCGUUUUGUAGGUCGAGAGAACAAUAGGGUAGCUCACUUGGUAGUUAGGAAAGCCCUCUCUUUGUUGUAUCCAGCUAUGAGUCGCUUCUUUGAUUUCCAGACCUGGCUGAUUACCAGAGUGUAAACUAUCUUCUGUUUUGAUCAAUAUAUGCUAUCUUUUGACAAAAAAAAGGUUGGUUUUAAAUCAUUAGAUAAAUGGUUCUGAUUAUAAUCAUUAUAAUUCUUCAUCUAUAAUCUACAAUAUAAUAAUAGGGUACAUUGUCAGUAAAUGAUUGGAUUGGAUUGGUUUUAUGUGAAAGUUCAGCAAGAAUAGAAAAGUUGUUAUAAAAGGGCAAUAAGGUU